GGCCGGUCAACUUCCUAAUAGCAGAUUGGCACCGGGAGAUGACCUUGGGGGGCUUUAAAGAAGCGAGAUGGAAUAAUAUCUAUCUCCCUCGCACGUUAUGUUAUAUUGCCAUGAAAGAAAUAUUAUUUUAAAUGACACAUCAUUUUAAUCAUUUUUUUAUUUAAUAAUUAUAAUACUUUAUUAUAUAAUAUAUUUCGUUAAACAUAUAUUUAUUACGUCUUUAUUGAAGUAACAAAAUGUAUAAAUAUGAAACUGCAUACUAUAAUAAAAAGGCAAGUUAUGGCAACGGCAAAUAAACAAAAUUACAAAUGGCAGAUCCGUUGCGCUUGCCGCUUGCCGUUUCGUUCUUGUUUAUUUGUGUUGCAAAUUAAGUUUAUCUUUCGAUAUAAACUUAUUUCUUACAUUACUAACGUUGAGUUGAACAUCCCGUUCCUCCGUUUUAGUGUUUACAGUGAGAAAGAGACUCAAAAACAAGUGCUGUGCAUUGUGCUAAAGAGACAGAGACUCAAUUUUAUCUUUCAUCAUGAAAGUAAACGAAAGGAAAUGUUACAAGUGUGGAUGUUCUCCUGCUCAUGAUCGUAACAUCACCUUGCAUCGUUUUCCUAAGCCUGGGAGAACAAAUAGCGUACGGUACGUAUGUUAAAUAGCUUUUUGAUUACUGAUUAAAACAGUUUUAAAAUGUUUAAAUUUGAACCACUGAAUUAAUAAAGUAGCAGAAAUAAAAAUUAUUAUGGGCCGCAUCAGCUAAUAAAACCUAAGAUACAUAUUAAGCGAUUUAAAAACGUGUGCAAAUAAAUCUGAAAAUUAGAGAAAUUAUGCAGAACAGCAUGAGGUUUAUCACAUAGAAAUCAUAACAUAAUAAAAAGUUCUAGAUGUAUUGGUAUACAUAGAAAUAACUUGUGGAAUAAUAUUUAUAUAUGUAUACAAUACAAUCACAUUGUUUGAAAGGAACAAUCUUCUUGUAUUGCACUCUCCUUUCAAGCACGUUUUUAGCACCUCAGUAGUAUAUUACUAUCUAAUUGUAUUUUUUCAGAUGGGAAUUAUGGGCGAAGUACUGUUUCCUCAUGAAUCUUGGUGGUCACCAGAAUUUCAAAACAAUCUUCAUUCUAGGCAUUUAAUGUUGUGCACUAAACAUUUUAAGAAAUCAUCAUUCAUUGAUAAUUUUGGAAAGAGGCUAGUCAAAUCUGCAGUGAUGUAUGUAAAUGAGGAAUGUGAUAAGAUCACAUUAGCUGACCUUAAUUUGGAACAAAGGAAUGUCAUUCAACAUAUUGCAGGUCCAUCAACUAAUAAACAACCACUGUCUGAAAAUAUUCAGAAGACUAUAACUGUUUCAAAUGUAUUUGAGCCUGUUGCGGGUCCGUCAAAAUUUAUACAACCCUUGUGUGAGAAUGUAAAUUAUAAAACCAUUCCUGACAUAACUAGUGAUAUUCCUCAAGUAACUGAGAAUAUCAACCCUGUUGCUGCUGCAAAUCCAUCCACGAAAAACAAAAAGGAUAAAGAUAUGUUGAUAAAAAUGAAAUAUCAUCUGAGAAAAAUUAACAGGCUUCAAAAAACUGUAAAGCAUCUAAAGAAUGAAGCAUUUCUCAAAGUAUUGAGCAAAAAUGAUUCCGUAAAUGAAAUAUUAAAAUGUAAAAUAUCCCCCUCUUUUGCAUUAUUUUUGCAAGGAGAAUUGCAAAACUAU